UGAAGCAUCUUUAUUUUUAAGAGUGUACAUCAGAGAGCAUUCCUAACUGUCAUGAUCACUUCACCAAUGUUCAGUUCUGCUCAUCUCAAGAAAGCAUGUUGCCAAUGUCAUGAUCUACUGGUUGAGAUUACGAAAGUUAAAGAAUUUUUUUCUCUCUCUCUCUCUCUGUUUCUGCAGUUACAUUGUGUUCACAGUGCUGAUAAAUAAAGUUUCUUCACUGGUCUCUCUAGAGAGUGUUAUUGGUGGUUCUGUUGUUCUACCGUGUUCUUCAAAUCAACAUGAUCUUAAACUUCAAGACACUGAUGUCCACUGGAGGGACAAAACUGACACAAUUGUGUAUAGUAUAAUUAAGGGCAACCAUUCAGUAGAAGGACAAGGCCCACAGUACAAGAACAGAGCUGAAACUUUCCCUGAUGAGUAUCUGAGAGGAAACUUCUCCAUCAAACUCACUGCUCUCACUCACGCUGAUGCAGGAAAAUACAUCUGCUAUAUCACAAACCCAUCUGAUUCUCAAAAGGAGACUGUGGAGCUGAUCAUCAAGGAAUCAACAUCAGAAACAGGACACAAACCCUGUGAUCAAGAAAACCAAGCAGUACAUUCAGGAGCAGACCAUAUAUGGAAAUCAGGACCUUUGCUCUUGCUUUGCAUUGUAGUAGCUUUAUUACUAUUAUAAAUAGGGCUUAUAGCCACUUCUAUCAUAUUUCACUUGAGCCUUGAGUUUUUGACUUUAGUUUCCUGGUUUCUGAUCAUUUGCUGCCUGCCCUGACCAUCGCCUGUUAUUUGGAUUACUCUUUUGUAUUGCCCUGAGACAUUGUUGCUUGCUGGUGUUUGACCCUGCCUGUUUUGACUACGCUCUUUAAUAAAGUUUGCACUUGGAUCCCUUACUCCGUUAUCAGAUUAUUAGAUUAAAUUAUGUCUGUAUAUUGUUACCCGGUGUGUCCUUUUAUCAUAUACCUUUAACCAUGUGAUUAUUCAGGUAGGGUAAGAAAAUUUAAAUCUAGCCUAAACCAUGAAGUACUCACCUGCCCGCAGGAAUGUUCUUCAGGAAUGACAUAGAAGUCUUCCAUGUGGUUGUUCUUGUUUAUAGUUGCAUUUCACUGCUUACACAAUUUGUGGUCUCAGUCCAUUCAGAAACCAGCUUCACAAGUGACACUCCCAGGUGCCAGGUUGAUUUCCUCUUUCGUCGGGCUCUUCCAAGCCACGAUGUUUGUUGAAGGUCUCAUACAGUCGAUGGUAAUAGUCUUCAACAGACUCUUCUCUGAUCUGGCAGCAAUUGGCAAUCCUUGCUGUGUCCACACACGCUGGGAAAGCUACUUUUAUAGCCUCAGCCAGCUCCGCAACAGCUGUACAGUAAUUUGCGUUGGCUUCAUCUGUCCAGCUACUGCUUGCUCUGCGAUAAUCUUCCCCUCGCAGCUUUCCACUCACUUUAUGCCAGUUCGAGGCCCCCAGCUAGUACAGCUAGUAGCCGUGUCAUUUCAUGCAAUGUGGGGCUGAACUCUUUGCAGAAUGUGAUCAGUUCAGUGGAAAAUCUGUCACCUGCCUCCACCGGAUUUGGCAAAUGGGCCAUUGCCCCUUUCAUGUCGUUCACAGUCCAAGGUCUAAAAACCGGGGGCUUUUUCUUGUUCUUGCCCUCCUGCUGCUAUCGCCUGUGGUUGCGGUGCUGUCAGUUUUCUUGGUGGAGAGCAGUCGAGAUCAGGGUCCACUUCUAGGGCUUCCAGCUCAGUGAUGGGAUAGUGAUGAUACGGCAGUGGUACAU